GGGUGGCAGUGUGGUAGGCGUGUGGUUUAACAGCUUAAAAAAACGGACAGAGAGCCCCGGACUUCCUGUCUCGGCUGCUCAAAGAGCUCACUUCACAGGGCUUCUUUUUUUAAGAGAUCUUGCUGACAGCUGACAAGGAAGCAUCAAAAACAGACCAUCUCAUCUGCAGCUCAGCUGGUACGAUGGCACAAGCUUUGCUUAUUGCUGCCUUUCUGAUGCCCAAUUUCACUUGCAUCGAGGCCCUUGAAGACAUGACUGUGUGUUACAUCCUGGAUGGGGUUCUCAUCCUUUACGGCGUCAUUCUCACUGUCUUAUACUGCAGACUGAGGAUGAGUUCAGCCAACAAAACACCAUCCAAUCCCCCUGAGAAGCCCGCUGAGGGAGGCAUCUAUGCGGUGAGACUUCUCUCUCUAAUGAUUAAAAAGACAAUUAAAAAGGCAGAUGAAGGAAAAGUGACCACUUAAAGCACAGUGGAUGGGUCUGACCUCUCACAGCAGUGACACCUAUGAGACCAUCAGAAUGGACAAAAAGCCAAUCGUCUGAUGGAAGAGGAUUUGGUGCAGAGAGGAUGCUGAGCUCAAAAACACAGUGUCAAAUCUCUCAAAGCUUUAUACUGUAUAUUAAAAGUGUGUGUUUUGCUUUACAUGACGUUUCUUUUUUUGUUCUUUUUGUAAAUAUUACUACUUAUAUUUCUAACCCUUGCAUGUAUGUAAUGUUAAAACUAAAUUAAUAAAACAGUUUACAAGUUAA